GACAAGUAAUAGGUAGGUUCGCGUAUUCUUUAGUCAACGGACAUAAGAUUUUAAUCGUAGCGUUAAAAUUGAGUGAAACUGAAACAUUGUAAGAGCAUUUAGUUAGUUAAAUAUGAUAUCUGGAAGAUCUGCAGUCACAGAAAAUCCUUUGGGGUUUUCUUGGCACGACAGUGCCUGGAUCCCAGUACUUAAUCCAAGCAACAUAAUGGAUUAUUUUUCUGAACGAAGUAAUCCUUUUUAUGAUAGGACAUGUAAUAACGAAAUUGUAAAAAUGCAACGUCUAAGUCCUGAUCAAUUAACAAAUAUGACUGGCUUGGAAUAUAUUCUUCUACACGUUCAAGAACCUAUUUUAUACGUAAUUAGAAAACAACAUCGUCAUUCUCCUACUUUAGCUGCACCACUUGCAGAUUACUAUAUCAUUGCAGGUGUUGUAUAUCAAGCACCAGAUUUAGCAUCAAUCGUUAGUUCUAAAUUGCUUUCCACAGUCCAUCAUUUACAAUCUGCAUUUGAAGAAGCUAGUUCAUGUUCCCGUUAUCAUCCUAGUAAAGGAUAUUACUGGGAUUUUAAAAAUGGAAAAUCUAUUACUGCUAAGAAAGAAACACCAGUACGUGAAGAACCAAGUUCCUUAUUUCAGCGUCAAAGAGUAGAUAUGUUACUUGGAGAACUUACACGUAAAUUUCCUUUACCUGUACCAAAACCAGCACAUCAGGCAACAGAAACUACUACUGAAAUUAAACAAGAAGUGAAGGUUGAAAAGAAAGAUAUGAAACCACCACCGGAAAAGAAACCAAGAGUAAAUUAAAGAGAAUAUUUUUUUGUAAAUCUAUAAAAAACAUGUACACCAUUGUGAUAUAUAAAAACUAGGUAAGUAAAAUUCUUUUUUAUAAAAAUAUGGAUAUAUAUAAUGAUAAUUAUAUUCAUAAGUGAAAAAAACAACUUUGUAAAAAAUAAUUUUGUUUUACAUUGAAUUGUAUAAAUACAUAUUUAAAUGUAAGAUGAAAUCUUCCAAUGUAUUUCUGUAAUUGAUAUUAAAAAUCUGUCUAUAUAAUUUUAAUGAAAUUAUGUAAAAAAGUUUUUGUUAAUAUUUUCAGUCUUUAUUUAAAUUGUUGCAUUUUGUCAUGGUAUUAAAAAGACGCGGGAAAUAAAUACUAUACCUACAUGAAAGGGCCCUUACGCAAUGGCUCGUUUUACGUUUAAUUUUAUACGGCACUGUCGAUAUCAUCUCAUUGGAUAUUUACGCGCAUGCGUAGGAAUUAAUUUAUAAUAUAAAAAAUUAUGUAUUUACGUUUUUGAUAGAUCUCACAUAGAAAUGUAUUAGUCCAAUAUAUUAUAUUAAAUUAUUAGAAAUAGAUUUGGUAAAGUAGAGCGAAGAAUGUGCGACGAUAACGUGUGCAAUGGUUGCUUAGAAACUAAAAUUCUUCAAGAUGAUUAUACUUUCGAUGAAUUUAUCACGAAUUUGCAACAUAAGAAGUGUAAAGUGAUACAACUGGUACGAAGACAAAUACAUGAGUUCAGGGAUAUGCAA